GGCCGGCGGUGGCGGCCAUGUUGGGAGCUGCUGCUGUGUGAGUGUGAGAUGCGCUGAGGGGAGCCGGAUCUCGGGGCGGAGAAGGCGGCUUGGCCGGGGGCAUUCGGCCUCCGGAUCUCCUUAGCCCCGGCUCCGCACAGCCUUCGCCUACGCGCACGCCCGGUUCCCGGCGGCGCGGCCUGGUCCCUGCGCCUCAUCCCCGGGUUCGCCUGAGCCAUCGGGCCGGGCUUCCCUCACCGCGGCCCGGCGGAGACCCAUGUCCGAGCACCGGCGCCCUCCGGCUCCCUGAGUCCCCCCUUCCCCCUGGGGCUCCCCCAUGGUGGUGGCUUGGCCGCCCCCCAGCGGUGUGAGGAGAGCCCCGGCCUGAGCCCCAGGAACUGCCGGAGCCCCAGGAGCCGCUGGCCAAGGGGGGGGCAAGAUGUCGAGCAGCGGCCGGAGCCCCCUCCCCACCGUGAAUGAGAGAGACACGGAGCAGCCGGCGCUGGGCCACACAGAGUCCAAGGCCAGCAGCAAAUCCAACAUGCUGCGGGGCCGCAACUCUGCCACCUCCACCGAUGAGCAGCCGCACAUUGGGAACUACCGCUUGCUCAAGACCAUCGGCAAGGGCAACUUCGCCAAGGUCAAGUUGGCGCGCCACGUCCUGACGGGGAAAGAGGUGGCUGUGAAAAUCAUUGACAAGACGCAGCUCAACUCAUCAAGCCUGCAGAAGCUCUUCCGGGAAGUGCGAAUAAUGAAGGUUUUGAAUCAUCCCAACAUAGUUAAAUUAUUUGAAGUCAUAGAGACGGAGAAGACACUGUACCUCGUCAUGGAGUACGCCAGCGGGGGUGAGGUGUUCGACUACUUAGUAGCCCAUGGAAGAAUGAAAGAGAAAGAAGCCAGGGCAAAAUUUCGACAGAUAGUGUCUGCUGUGCAGUACUGUCACCAGAAGUUCAUUGUACAUAGAGACUUGAAGGCCGAGAAUCUGCUGCUCGAUGCCGACAUGAACAUUAAAAUCGCCGACUUUGGCUUCAGCAACGAGUUCACGUUCGGGAACAAGCUGGACACGUUCUGUGGGAGCCCUCCCUAUGCUGCACCCGAGCUCUUCCAGGGCAAAAAGUACGACGGCCCCGAGGUGGACGUUUGGAGCCUGGGCGUCAUCCUGUACACCCUGGUCAGCGGCUCGUUGCCCUUCGAUGGGCAGAACCUCAAGGAACUGCGGGAGCGGGUCUUGCGGGGCAAGUACCGGAUCCCCUUCUACAUGUCCACGGACUGUGAGAACCUGCUGAAGAAAUUCCUCAUUCUCAACCCUAGCAAGAGAGGCACUUUAGAGCAAAUCAUGAAAGACCGCUGGAUGAAUGUGGGGCAUGAGGACGACGAGCUGAAGCCCUACAUGGAGCCCCUCCCUGACUACAAGGACCCACGGCGGACAGAGCUGAUGAUCUCCAUGGGGUACACGCGGGAGGAGAUCCAGGAGUCGCUGAUAGGGCAGAAGUAUAACGAGGUCAUGGCCACUUACCUGCUGCUGGGAUACAAGAACUCAGAGCUGGACAACGACAACAUCACGCUGAAGCCGAGGCCUCAGGCCGAGCUGGCCAACAGUAGCGCCCCCUCCCCCUCGCACAAGGUACAACGCAGCGUCUCGGCCAACCCCAAGCAGCGGCGCUUCAGCGACCAGGUCCCUGCCAUCCCCACCUCCACUUCAUACUCCAAGAAGACCCAGAGCAACAACGCGGAGAACAAGCGCCCCGAGGAGGAGCGUGAGGCUGGGCGCAAGGCCAGCAGCACCGUCAAAGUGCCCGCCAGCCCGCUGACCGGGCUCGAGAGAAAGAAGAGCACGCCCACCCCAUCCACGAACAGUGUCCUCUCCACCAGCACCAACCGGAGCCGGAAUUCCCCCAUGCUGGAGCGGACCGGUUUGGGCCAGAACUCCAUACAGAAUGGCAAGGACAGUUUAACCACUCCAGGGUCCAGGGCUUCCACGGCUUCCGCUUCCGCCGCCGUGGGCUCCGCGCGCCCGCGCCAGCACCAGAAAUCCAUGUCUGCCUCCGUGCACCCCAACAAGCCCACGCUGCCCCCCACUGAAAAUAAUUGUGAGGCCCAGAGACCCAGCACUGCCCCCCAGAGGGUCCCAGGGGCUUCACCCUCUGCCCACAACAUCAGCAGUGCCAUCCCAGAACGCACCAAUUUCCCACGGGGCAUCUCCAGCCGCAGUACCUUCCACGCCGGGCAGCUCCGGCAGGUCCGGGACCAGCAGAACCUCCCCUACAACGUACCACCUGCCUCACCCUCUGGGAACAGCCAGGGACGCCGGGGUGCCUCCGGCAGCAUCUUCAGCAAGUUCACCUCCAAGUUUGUGCGCAGAAAUGUGUCUUUCAGGUUUGCCAGAAGGAACCCGCAUGAGCCAGAGAGCAAAGACCGAGUGGAGACCCUCAGACCUCACAUGGUGGGUGGGGACAAGGAGCGGGAUGAGAACCGGGAGGCCAAGCCUCGCUCGCUGCGCUUCACCUGGAGCAUGAAGACGACGAGCUCCAUGGAGCCCAACGAGAUGAUGAAGGAGAUCCGCAAGGUGCUGGACGCCAACAGCUGCCAGUGCGAGCUGCAGGAGAAGUACAUGCUGCUGUGCAUGCACGGGGCGCCCGGCCACGACUCCUUUGUGCAGUGGGAGAUGGAGGUGUGCAAGCUGCCGCGGCUGUCGCUCAAUGGCGUGCGCUUCAAACGGAUAACGGGCACCUCCAUGGCCUUCAAGAACAUUGCCUCCAAGGUGGCCAACGAGCUCAAGCUUUAACCAGCCCCCUGCUGCGCUGCACCCCACGUGCCCUGGGCUGGGACGAGGCGAUCCUGAGCUGCAGGAUCUCCCCAUGGCGGUGUGCCGGGGGCACUGAGACGCAGACCCUCCUCUCUCGAGCUGUGUGCCCGGGAGGGGCAUUGGAGACGUUCCUGCCCACCUUGCAAGGACCCACAGCCGUGCACCAGGACAGGGGGUGCAGAAACAUGCCUCCUCUCCCCCACUGCUGUGCCGAGAUGCCCCCUGGCCGUGCACCAGGGGAGGGGGGCACAGCUGCCUCCCGUGCAGACAUGCGCCUCCCGCAGUGCAUGGGGGGGCCCAGAGCUGCACACUCCUCCCCUCGCAGGAUUGUAAUUAAUUGGAGAAAUGUUUAUUUUUUGAUACCCCGGUGGGGGCAGCAGCAGAGACGGUGGCAGGGGGAGGGCUGGGGGGCAACAUUGCCCCCCACUGCCGCCAGCAUGCGGGCUCCAGCAAAUCGUGGUACUGCCCCUCAGAUGCCUGCCAUGCUGGCCGGGAGCUCUUACCAAAAAAGGAAGUGGUUCAAAAGCCAGAGAAGUCCGGCCCCCUUUCCCACAAUGCCUUUCACCGCUCACCUCUCCCCCUUUCCCACAAUGCCUUUCACCCAGCCCCCCUGCAGGUGCCGACUUGCCCUUUCCCCUGGGGCAGGUUGCUUGGGGCUGGGCCUGCUGUGCUGGGCACUGAGGGCAGCUCCCACAGGCUGGGGCAGCAGCAGGGAGCUGGGAAAGCCAGGCCCCCCCUUCCUGCGGGUGCCCCCAAUGGGCAUUAAUAUGGGGGUGGGGUUGUUGGCAGCCUCCCCCCAGCCAGCUGUAGCACGUGGACUCCCAGGCUGAGCCCCUGCCCUGAGUGGGGAUGAUCAGGCCCAGCCGGACAAGCCGCUCCCCAGCUCUGCUCCCGCUGGGGUGGCAAUGCGGGAGGGGGAGGGGUGCUGCGGCUGGGCUGUGAGCUCCACCUCCUCUGGCCUGGAGCACUUGGUUGACGGGCUCCCUCCCCCGCUGCACCCCGUCCCCCUCGGUCUGGCAGUAGCUCCCCGAGCUGGGCCAUGUCUGAGAUCCGAUGGGGGUGGGAGGGAAUCUGCAGGGACUGGCUGGGAUGGGGGGGAGGGGGCUCUUGGCAGCAGCCUCCUCUCCCCUGCUGCCUAUCCCUUGCUUGGAUGGAGGGUGCAGAUGGAUGUGUUCCUCUCCCCUCUCCCCCCCCCCCAUGCAUCUCACAAGAGGGGGUGGUUCAUACCGAAUCUCCCCAGUCCCAGGGUGACUUCCCCCAGGACAGGUGUGGGGGUGUCAGGCUGGAGGGGUCUGAGGCCUCUUCCCUGGGGGCUCUGCCCUGAGCUGAGCCCCUGUCUUAGACACAAUAAAGAGAAUGUUUUUAA